AUGGAAACUUGUUUAAUCAUUGGAGCCACUGGCAAUAUCGGUGUCUCCGCUGUCACGGCGGCAUUGCACUCCAAGAGAAGUGUUCUAGCCGUUGUACGCAAUCAAAACUCAGCAAACAAACUCAUCAAGAAUAUUGAGUCGUCUGAAGGAAUCACGUUUGUCGAAGCCGAUGUAACCUCAGACUCGGGGAUAAAAGGAGUCGUGGAUCAAGUCCGAGCUGGCAAGCUACCAGCGUUCCAGCAUGUAUUUUCAUGUGUGGGCGGCGAGUACGCUGAGACCCCUCUGCAGGAGAUUACGACCGAGAUGCUACGCAGGAACAUGAACAACUCAUUCGAGUCCAAUUUCUUUGCUUAUAGAGAUUCUAUCGGCUAUUUGUUGGAACAAAAUAACCCUGUCAGCACAUGGACGAUUUGCACAGGAGCAUCGGGCGACUAUCCGUUGCGUCCAUUGCCCGGCAUGACCCAAGGCCCCCUUUUCACGCUUGCUACAGCCGCGGCUCGUGAAAACGAAUCGACAAAUGUGCGCUUUAACGAGCUCUAUCUCGCUCUUCGAGUCGAAGUUGAUGAAGACGCAGUACAACAUGGUGUUAUAAAGGCCACGGACUUUUCAAAUGUGUACAAGUCGAUAUUAGCUAACCCCGAGAUCCGAAGUUCACGUAUCCGAGUUGAGAGUGUGGAUGACAUGAAAAAAUUGCGAUACGAGAAGAAAAAUUAG